AUUUUCUAAAUUGGCUACGUAACUUAAACAAUGCACAAUGAUUAAUUAUCCUACAACUACACUAUUUAAAUAUUAUAUAUCAACAAGACUAUAUAAAUACAAUCAUACUACUACUCUCUCUUACAAUAACCACAAACAAACAAUACUUCUUUUCUCUUCAUCUCCAUUGCCUUCUUAACUCCUCUCUUCCAAGAAUUUCAAACCUGAAUCUUCAUCUUUGAUAUAUAUAUACCAUACAAAGAAAGAAAACUAAUUCCAAAAAUGCAAAUGCUAAGAACCCUAAGCACAAGGACAAGGAGCCGUCGCAGCGGAUAUGAGCGUGUAAGCGAUGAUUCCACUUUUAGCUUACUCGGAGCAAAGCUGAGGAGGUCAACUAGCGUCCCAUACUAUGCUCCAUCGAUAAGACUUGGUGGAGAUCUUCCUGUGAUCUUGGAAAAGCUUCCAAGCCAAAAGCCAAAUAAGACAGUGGUGACAAGCAAACUGAGCCAUCCAAUCUUCAGUUUAUUUGGUGGUUAUCGCCGUGGUAGCAAGAAGAAAGCAACGGCUAAACCAGAGUUCUCUAGAUACCAUGAAUACCUUAAAGAAAGUGGAAUGUGGGAUGUGAGAUCUAAUACUCCUGUUAUCUACUUUAAAUAGAUGUAUAUAUAUCAUAUGUUAUGAUCAUGUUGUGUUCAUUUGUAAUACUAUUUGUGACAAUCUAAUCAUGUGAGAUAAGAA